GGUUCUCCCCCUAGCAACGAAAGCUUUGGCGUCCUUGGCGCCAACCGGUGUCACGUGGAACGGCGCAAGGACGCGUGCAGCGUAAGUGCAAAUGCAAAUGCACUUCCCUAGCAACCGGCUACUUCCUAGCAACAGUCAAACAAAAACAAAUGAAUCCUGCCUAAAAAGUGAUCCUUGUUUCAUAUGAUUCGGACUUUUUCUUUUAAGCCUCUUCAAUUUCUGUUAAUUUUUAUCAUAAUUAGUCAUCCACAUAAGUUUUAACCAACAUGGAUUGGCGCUACAUGCUAUCCGUGUCGCCGCACAAUCUUGCUGACGAGCGCAAGGAUGAAGUGGCCGUCGAUUUGGCGUCCGUCCCUACUGACCAAAAGUUGGAUAGCAAGAGCUGCAAAAAGUUGUUCCGGUUGGCACAGGUGGUGCUACGCUUCCGAAACGAGCAGGUUGGCCAACUUAGAAUCGAAAUUGACCGAAUGACGGGGGAGUACGAGCAGCGAGAAGCACGAGGUUCACCUUCUGAUCAACUACGAGAGCAGGUGGCGGAAUUCAAGCGAACCAUCGACAGGUUGGAAGCCGAACGGCACACGAACCGUGCUAGGAUCAAGGAGCUAUCCGAAGAAAUUACCUCCCUGCAGAAAAAGCUGGCCGAAAACAGCCACUUCGGCAGCGAAGGUGAAGAUUCGCCAGACGCUUUGUCGGAAAUCGACCGGCAGCAGGAACUGUACAACAACAUCAGCAUGAAGAACAAACACAUCAAGCGCUUGCUGCGGGACAUUGACGAUCUGGAGAAACGUAACAGCUUUCAGAUCGAUACUAUCAAUAGUUUACAAGUUAGCCUGAAUGAUGCUACAAUGAAUAUGACGGGAUUGACACAUCAACAUGAGGAGGCACAAGCGGUCAUGAAAGAACAGGAAGUAUUGAUUGAGGAGGCUAAUGAGAAAAUCAAACGGUUGGAAGAGGAUGUGGAGGGGUUAGCUGAAGAAAAAGCUAGGUUUGAGGAAGAUUUAGAAGGAUUUGCCAAACAGUUGGAAGAACGGACUGAGCAAUGGCAAAAUAUUCUGGAAAGGAAACAGGAAGAGUUGGAGGAAAUCGAAACUAAGUACUCAGAGUUGUUGCAGCAGUUUCCGGGCUAUGAUAUCGAAGCAGAGAGGAAGGAGUUCAAAAAGAUGAGCUCGAGACUUCAGGAAAAGGAUGAUAUGAUUGAAGAGUUGGAGAAGAAAAUCACAAUGCUGUCGCAGGAGAUUCUGACGUCCACGGAACUGAUGAACAGAAUUUCGCAGGAGAAAGAGAAUGCAAGCAAGGAAACGGUGAAGGUUAGCCAAUGCUGCGAAGAAAGUCGAGUGUUGUUGGAGAAGGCUAAUAAGAGAUGCGAGGAAAUGCAAGAAAUUCUAUCGAAUGUAGAAGAGGACAACAUGUUGAAAUCGAGACAAGCAGUUGAAGCGAUUGAGGCCUUGAGAAGAUACGAGAGCGGCGAGGAGGGUUUGGCGAACGCAUUGAAGAAGAUCAACAGGUUGCACGAGAAGGUUAACGUGAGAGAUAAACAGAUACGGGAAUUGGUGGCGGAGAUUAACCUGGCGAACGAGAUUACCAUGGAGAAUGCUGUGCUGAGGAAACGUCUGGGAAUUAGCGAGGACGAAGUCAUCCCAACUCAUUCUGUUCUGUCCAAGCAGAGGAAAAUUGAGAAGGUUAAUGAGCGAUUGGCUUUGAAAUUGAGAGCUUCGGAAGAAAUGCGGCUUCAACUAAAGUUAGAGAAGAAUGACCUAAAGAGAAAGCUUUUUCAGAUGUCACAAUCUUUGAGCAGUCAAAGGAGUGUCGACAAAGACAAAAGUGAUGAAACCAAUCAACAACCAUCAUUGGAUGACGCAGCGGUGGGGGAAAAUCUAGUAGCAGAUGGAGUGGAUGAAAUCUCAAAGAUCAGUGACACGGAUGUUGCGAAGUUUUGUGAGAAAUGCAUGAAGCAGUAUAACGUGAAUGAUAGUAGGAAAUACUGCAAGGCGUGUAUCUUUCGACAGAGCUUCAACUAUUGCGAUGGGUGUAUCAAGAAACUGAAGGUCAAUAUCAACUCGGAUGAAGAAUCAAAGUCUAAGAAUGUUGAACAAAUUGAAGAGUUGGAGAAAAAGUACGCUAUCGUGGUGGAGGAGAACGAGAAUUUAAGAAUUGGGAUGCAUGAAAUUUUGCAGAAACUGCGAGAGUACGAUGCUACGUCAAGUCAUUUGACGAUCGAUACAUCGACUUUGGAACGUUUGCUGCAUGCCUUGGAUGCGAGAAGCGUCAGUGGAUGGUAUCAUCCGGCUAUGCGACUGCAAAACGAACUGCUGGCUACUAGAGAACGAGAAAUGCUGUUGAAGGAACGUUUGAGCCUCAAAAGCAAGCAAAGCACAUUCUCGCUGGGAAGUAGAAAUGAUUCAGGCAAUGUAUGUGACGAUGAGGAGAAUACAGCAGAUAUUGAUCAAGCAAUAUCCGAGCAGCCGGACGUUGGCGAACAAGUCAUGCAGAAGACGAUGGAAAUCGAUCGUUUGAAUGAUCAGAUUGAAUCGCUCAAAGAAGAACGAGAGCAACUGCAUAAAGUAAACGACGAACUCGUGGUGACUAAAAAUCUGUACGAUGAAUUGAUGGAAUUUACUAAAUCAACUGACAAUGAAAAAGACAAGAUAAUGGUAGAAACACUAGAGCGGUUGAAACUGAUAGAGUCCAACAUAUGUGCUUUCCAGCGGAAGAUAGAAUACCUCAAAGCAGAGAAUGACAACAUGCACAACACAAUGCGGACAAUCGAAGUGGAACACUUGAACAUUCUUCAUGGAUUGAGGUCUGAAUUGGCGCGAAAGAACAGCACCUUGAAGAAGUUGGAACAUCAAACGAGCGUUGAGGGACGACACGUGAGUAGUCCGGACUCGGAGUCCAUUGGAAAACUGGAGACUGAGAUCGAGCGAAUGAAGUUGGAGACGGCGAAUUUCUAUACAAUCUUUUUGAAAAAUAUUCAGGAAGUCGAUAAAGACAAUCUAUUGCCUCUGGAGUAUGAGAACCUGGCGCGUGUCGGAUUGGUAGAAUCAAAUUUAGCAGUAGAAUUUGUGACAAAGGAAGAGUUCAAGAGAAUUAAGAAACAAGUGCACACAGUGGAGGAUGAAUUAAAAAAGCAAACUAUCAAGAAUGGUCAUCUCGAAGAGUUAUUGAAGAUUUCCCAAGAGCAAAUUAGAUCACAGCAAAUGUUGAUUUCCAAGUUCUCGGAUGAGGAAAUCAGUUUAAGGCAUCUAGUUGCCGAUUUGCAGAGUUCGUCGAAUGAGAAGUAUUUGCUGGUGAAAACGCAGAAGGAGUUGGACGCAGCCAAAGAACAAGUAGAAUUACUGAAGUUGGACAAUGCAAAACUGAAACAAUCUUUAAUAGAAAGUGACGAGGAGUUGCACAAGAUCAAAGAACAACUAGCACAUAAAGAACUGGAUUUCAUCGAUCACCAAAAGGAUAACGAGCUCAAAAUUAAAUUCCUCAGUAAAAGCGUCAAAUUACUACACGAAAAUUACAAUUCGUUCACACCAACUUACGCGGUGACGGACUUUGUGAAGGAGUAUGCUAAACUUUUAGAGCUAAAGAAAAGACUGUUCCGACAAGGGAAGGAAGCCAUGGCCAGGCAGAUUGACGAAGACUAUGAGAAAUUAUUUGCAAAGCUGCGAGAGCAUUUCGAUGGCAGUCAAAUCCAGGAUAAGAUAAAUCUCAUUAAGUUCGAAAGCCAAUGCGAGUAUCUCAACAAACAGUUGGUGUUGUCCCAGGAGCAAAUCGAACAGUUACAGGAGGAGAAUUCUGCCUUAAAAUUAGCUUCGGUUGAAUCAACCAGACAUUGGGAUACCAUUGAGCUAAUCUUCAACGGGAAACCCAAACCUGAAAAGUCCGUAGACAAAUAUUUCGACAAAGAAGUUCAGGUGACUGUUGAAAUCAGUCACAAAUGCAUCAACACCAUUCCAAUCAUCGACGAUAGUCUAGCGGAGAAACCUCGCCAGGGAACUCCACCGGCAUUGAAUCAUCCAUCUCAGCAAUCGCCAGUUAGGAAAACUUCUGACGCUGGCCAGAUGACCGAUGACUUAAUGACCGAAACCCAGUUGCCAAUAUCCGUUCCAUCGGCAUUGCAAAAAUCUUUGGAAUCCCAGCUGAAGCAAGCCAUGAUGUUGGCUUCUACCAGAAGUGCACUGCUUCUGGAAACGGAGAGUCGACUGACGGAAUGCCACGGACGUAUCAAGCUGUUGGAGAGAACUUUGGAAGAUAAGGAAGAGCAAUUGAGGAAGCAGGUACAAGCUGCGGUAAACAGCGACAAGCAGGACGAUAACAUUCUCAGUUCCACGAUUGGAUCACUACAGAAUCUUUUACUGGAGAAGGACACUACCCUAUCGCGAUAUCAGGAGCUUCUUAGAAACGAACGGCAGGAGCACUCGAAAACCUACGACGAGAACAUUGCGCAAAUUAGGGCAUUGAAGAAGGAAGUUGACGAAAUGGAACAGAAAGUGUACGACAAACAGAAGGAAAUCGACAAUCUAGGCAUUCAGUUGGCAGAUUUGAAUCAGCUCAAGGCUCAACAUGAAGCAGUUGUUGUGGAACGUGAUGCCCAUCAAGCAGAGUCUAAACAAUCCGCCGACAAACCAGAGUUGAUAUACACGGAUAAACUAAUCGAAAAUAUGUUUGAGACCGAUCAGAAGAAAGAGGAAGAAAUUGAGGGAUUGAAGAUGAGAACGAAGGUAUUGGAAAGCAAGCUUCAAGAUGCCAGUGAAGAGUUACGCAAGAGCCAAGCCAAUCUGAGGGAAAUGAUUGCGAGAGAAAAACGAGCCGAGAAGAACUUGCGAGAAAAGGAAGCCGAGAUAGUUACGUUGAACGAACGAUUAGAAAGAGAGCACGAAGAUUUGAAAGAGUUCACCGACAACAUAGCUAGCGCCCAGGAGAUUGAACAGUUGAAGGAAAUGCUGGAGGAGAAGGACCGUCACAUACAGGAUCUGACCGAGACUUUGAGCCAAUUUCAUGACGAUCAGCAAAAGUUCAUGAACGAUACCUCGUUGCACUCGGCUGAACAAGUCUCUCAGCUGAGUGCAGAUUUAAACCGAAGCGAAGCAUCGAACCGCGUACUCAAAACGCAAAUCGAUGCUCUCAAGCGUCAAAUAAUGAGCAUUCAACAACGCGAGAAACAAUCGCGUGAUCUGGUGAAAACUCUUAAAAAUCAGCUCAUCAAACGGCCGGUGAUUUCCAUGAAGCCAGACCGUACUCCAACUCCACGGGAAGAACAACUCUCACGCAAACUACAGCAACUGGAAACCGAACUGUUAGAUACGAAAGACGAGCUACGCAAGCAGAUCAGCAUCAAUGAAAACCGUCGAGCCAAAAACGCUGCCGAGUUGGAUUUGUGGAACAAGCAGAAGCGUUGGCAACAGAUGGCCGAAAAGCUGAAAAUACAGCUAAAGGAACGCGAAGUUGAGCUGGAAAAGCUGAAGGUUCAUUUCAACUCGGCCAAGAAUACGAUUGUUCGGUUGGAACGGGAGAAGGCCAUCUUGGAGGGAAGGAGUAUCCGUGGCAGCAGUGCGGGGUCGGCCACGAUCCCGCCUUCGCGAUUUGGCCCCGGGGAUAGUAAGUAUACUCCGGCAGAUUCGCCGGAUUCGUGUACAACGGAAGGCACCGGGUCCGACGAGGCAAGCACCGAAGUGAAUACGUUUGCACAAAAUAGCAAGGAGAUUAUAGAAGCUCUGAAGAACAGGAUUGAGUCGCAGCAGAGGAGAAUUGUGGCAAUGGAGUUGGAGCGAAAGGGUUCCAACACGAUGACCCACGAGUUGGAAAGGAUGCAGGAAAAGAUAUCGAAUCUGGAAGCACAGAACAUUCGGCUGGAGGCAAAAACGCUUCAGCUUCAGCUGGACAACGACAUGCUGCGACAGAGUGACGAAUCCGAAAGAUUGCACAGUCAGAUCAAGCAUCUCGAGGAGUACAUAAUAGUGUUGAAGGAGGAACUCAGCAAAGUCACAGCAGGAUGCCCGGAAACGAUCAACUUUGAUAAUCUGUGUCAACGGUGUUCACGUUCCAGUACUGCCGGAGCUGCCAGCAAUAGUGAGCUAGCUGACUACAAUUCGAAGUUGGAACAAACCGUAAUUGCUUUACGAAGAGUUGUGGAAAAAUUGAAAGUGGAGAACAAGCAACUGAAGGAGAACAAAGCAUAUUCAUCGGGAGUGGCCAACGAUCGGAAAUCUGCCCUAGGCGUGACCAAAGAAAGCUACGACCGUCUGCAGAAGGAAUACGACAAACUUCAACAAAACUACACGGAAGCCCUGAAUCGAGUAGCUGCCUUACAAGUGGAAGUUGAGUUGCUUUCAAGUGUCACAUGCUCGCGGUGUCAUCCCCGGGAGGGUGCUGCUCAGGAACCGGAGCAACCAGAUUUGCUAGAGAAGAAAACGCAGCUGCUGGAGAAGGCAAAGAUUCUGCUUAGCCGGGCAGCAGCCAAAGAACGAUACUUGAAGGAACAAAUUGCACUGCUCAGAAGAAAAUGCUCAGAUUUGCAGAACGUACCUGUUAUCGAUGAGAUCAGCGAGUAGAUUCCUCCGUGAGUC